AUGGCACAAGAUAACGCCCCCAACGUCGCUCCUAACAAUCCACCCGCACACACAGACACCGACGCAGACACCUCCAUGCCCGACGCCGCAACCCCCAAACCCGCAUCCAAACCCGAAAAACCAGCCCACAUCCUCCACCAAACAACCUUGCGCAAACCAACCUGGUCUUACCUCCACCUAACCCUCACAUCCCCCUCCUUCCCUUCUUCCACCUCAUCCGCCUCAACCACAACCCCAACAACCGACAUCUCCCCUCUCCUCAUCUCCCCGCUCCUCACAUCCGCCCUGCGCGCAUACCUGGGCACAAUGGGCGCAGCGAUACCAGUUGAUAUACUCAAGACGGCCGGGCGGGAGGUGUGGAUACGGGUGCCGAGGCAGGAUGUGCGGGGUGUGAAGGCUGCGUUGGGGAGUUGGGUUGGGAGGGUUGAGGGUGAGGAUGUGGGGGGUGAGGCGGGGAGAGUUGGGGUUGCAUGGAGGGUGGUGGGUGGUGCUGGGGUGCUUGGGGGGAUGGGAGAUGGGGGUGAGGUGUUUGGGUGA